UAAAGAUCGUGGCUGGCCUCGCCUUCCAUCCGAUGCAAUAUAGUUACACAUAAUUGAGAGCAUCGACCAAGCCCUAGGGAACUUCGAGAAAAACCCUGUACAGCUCCGAUUCUAGUCAGCAAUUCACGGAAUGGCGAAUGCAGUAAAAAACUAUUUCCUAGCCCCAAGCUGGGACUAUUCCCCUAACGCCAAGCCAGGCGUCACAAUCGCGCUCUGGAGCCUGGUCAGCUCACCGACGAGAAUGGUGCCGCCCCUGAUGGCCGCAACAGCGGUACCAAACGACGAAGACAUCAAUAAGUCGACUAAGCAUGGGUUUGAGUGGAUCCAAGAGCGCGAAAAGGAGAAUAAGUUCGGCGUGUGGACGAUGUUUCUCAACCAGCUCGUUAGUAUCGGACUUGGGCACAAGCACACCACGUCGAUCCACGACUACUAUACGUUCGACAAUAUACACACGAAGGAGGCGUUUCCUAGCAGGGAGUACGUCGAGGAGAUGGUUAAGACGGAGCCUGUUAAGAAGUAUCUACAAUGGACCGACUUCAAGAAACCCGUCUAUCUCGUCGUCGGGACUAAGGCCGUCAAUGGCACUACUAUCAAACAGCUAAUGAAAAAGGAGAAUUCGACGGACGUGAAGUUUCCCGUCGAUUUGAUUUCUUCGGGGACCCCCGUAUCUCAGGGGCCAGAGUUGGAGAUCUCGGGAAAGAAUGGGGCUACGCUCAAGUUCGAUGGGUCUGAUGAUUUCGUGUUUGCCUUCCGGAUUAGAAAAAUUGUUGUCAGUCAGAAAUUUGAGGUUGAAGAUGAGGAUGAUGCUGAAGGCGGAGUGCUUGGGAUAGUCAGACAAAAGGAUUGGGAUGUAGAGGUCCAAGGAAUUGAGGAUCAUGAUGCCGAUGACAUACCUGCUAGCGGGAAGAAGGUGAUUGUAGAGGAAGAUGGUGAGCAUGUCUAUGUUACACUGCUCUAAUCUUAAGGCGAUGUGAUACUAUGUAGGUACCUACCUACCUACCUACCUACGCAGUGUUUUUUUCGACAGGGUUUAGGGGAG